UUUUCUCUCUGACAGGUCGGUGGUUUUUCUCUUCCGCAAGUCUCCCCACUCACCUUGCCAUGGAUUCCUUUCCAUAACUAAGUCUGAGCCUCAGCUGGAACCGAGGGAGCCCGGCCAUCUACUGCAGCGUUCCCUCUGUCUCAGGAUGGAGAUGCCUAGAUAGAAACAGCAGCCCCAGAGGUAUCCUCCUGCUCCUGCUCCUGCCUGUCAAGGAAGUGCUUAUUUGAAGAAUUUCCCUUGGUUCACCACCAAGAGCACCUGCAUUUCAACACUGAAGAGAUCUUUGUGAAUGAAUUUGUCUUCACUCCAGUCCUCCUUUCCUUUUAGUGUUAAUAAGGAGAAAAAAUAUCUGUACAAAGAUCUGCCUCCACUCCAGACGCAGCUGUGUCUAAGCAGAGACUUGGCUUGAUUGACAGAAUCGCCCGCAUGAGGCGCAACCUACACUCCUCUGGCUCUCUCUCCAAUGGCUUAUCUUCACCUUCUCCAGAUCGAGACCCUUCAAAUGGGGGUAACAGUGAGGACAUCCUGCCUUUCCCAGGUAGCCUGACAACAGUGAUCGCUUCUUGCAGGAGAAGAUUAGGAGGGAGAGCCAUGGCUGAGAAUCGGAGCACUAUUAAGGUGGAUCUUCCCAAUCAACAGCGAACAGUGGUCACUGUCCGGCCAGGUAUGACUGUAUAUGACUCCCUAGACAAGGCCCUGAAAGUGCGUGGACUUAACCAGGACUGCUGUGUUGUCUACAGGAAAAGGGGUGAUGGGCGAAAAACCAUCACAGAUUGGGAGACAGACUUGGUCAGCCUGGAGGGGGCUGAGCUUUCUGUAGAAGUUCUGGAGGAUGUACCUCUUACUAUGCACAAUUUUGUCCGCAAGACCUACUUCAAUCUGGCCUUUUGUGAUUUCUGCCUUAAGUUCAUGUUCCAUGGCUUCCGCUGUCAAACGUGUGGCUACAAGUUCCAUGAGCACUGCAGUAGCAAAGUGCCUACAGUAUGUGUGGACCUGGCUACAACCCACAAGCCUGUUUACAGCCAUGAAUUGUUGCAAGACAAUGUCCCCGGUACCCUUGUCCAGCCUUUCUACAAACCCACAACCUCCCAAGCAGUCAGCUCAAACAAGCAGUCACCCCUCAAUCAAGACACCUUCAACUUUCCCAGCCUUCCUGGCGAUGGGCGCCUGCAACGGCACCGCUCAACUUCCACCCCUAAUGUCCAUAUGAUCAGCACCACCAGCCCUGUGGACAGCAGCCUCCUUGAGAUCAUAUCCAGGAACCAUAACACAGAGGCAGUUAGUGGGCCUGAUUUGCUUCCUCACACCCCGCCAGCUCCCCCAGUUUCCAGUGUACCUGCUGUUUCUCCUGGUCGACGUUCCCCACAUCCCAAAUCCCCAGGAGAGUCCCCAAGAGAGCGGAAGGCCCCUUCUGAAGACAAGAAGAAGCCUAAAUCCUUGGGCUAUCGGGACUCAAGUUAUUACUGGGAGAUUUCCCCAAAUGAGGUCACCUUGCUGAAACGCAUUGGGGCUGGAUCCUUCGGCACUGUUUUCAAAGGCCGCUGGCAUGGGGAUGUGGCAGUCAAGAUCCUCAAGGUCACCAACCCCACCAGUGAGCAGGUGCAGGCCUUCAAGAAUGAGAUGCAGGUGCUCAGGAAGACACGUCAUGUGAACAUACUGCUCUUUAUGGGGUUCAUGACUCGCCCCAGCUUUGCCAUCAUCACCCAGUGGUGUGAAGGCAACAGCCUUUAUCAGCAUUUGCAUGUGCAAGAAACACCACUGGAGAUGGUGCAACGGAUUGAUGUGGCCCGACAGACAGCACAGGGCAUGGAUUACCUUCACGCUAAGAACAUCAUCCACCGGGACCUCAAAUCUAAUAAUAUCUUCCUGCAUGAAGGCCUGACGGUAAAGAUCGGUGACUUUGGCCUUGCCACAGUGAAGACACGUUGGAGCGGUUCUCAGCAAGUUGAACAACCCAGUGGUUCCAUCCUCUGGAUGGCAUCUGAAGUGAUUCGAAUGCAGGACCCCAAUCCUUACAGCUUCCAGUCAGAUGUCUACUCCUAUGGAGUUGUUCUCUAUGAGCUGCUCUCCGGGACCCUUCCGUAUAGUCAUAUCAACAACCGGGACCAGAUCAUAUUCAUGGUGGGUCGGGGGUAUCUGUCCCCUGACCUUAGCAAGGUGCCCAGCAAUUGUCCCAAAGCCAUGCGCAGGCUAAUGAGCGAUUGCCUUAAAUUCAUGCGUGAAGAAAGACCCCUCUUCCCUCAGAUUCUGGCCUCCAUUGAGUCGCUUCAGCACUCUUUGCCCAAGAUCGAGCGCAGUGCUUCUGAACCUGCACUCCAUCGGGUGGCCCACAACUGACAGCUUUUGCUCUGCGGCUCUGCAGCUGAUGUGAAUGCAGACAGUGAGGCGGCUGAAGGCCACACACUCCUCGAGGCCAGUAGCUGCUGUGCUCAGCCCAUCCUGCAAAGACAGGAGCCUGGUGCAGUCGGGGCAGCUGGCAUUGCAUUGUCUUCCCCAUGCCAAUGGACAGAGGGCAUCUUGGGCUCCACAGAGGAGUUUUAUGUGGACUGGCUUCUAUUCCGAGCCCAAUGGCUCCAAGGAAUUCCCAAACAGCAACCGCAUUGUUGUAAUGUGCCCACUGUAAGGUGAUUUGGGCUCCAUCUUCUCCAGGAGCAUUUUUUUAAGGGGCUCAACCUGUUUCAGGAAUUUUUGUUCAUUUGUUUUGAAAGUUAGAAGGAAGGUAUAAAAAAAAAUGAUGAUAAUUAAAAAGAAAAAAAGCAAUAACAACGAAAGUAACUACAAUGUGGGAUUCCCAGUCAUUCCUUAUAAGAAGCAAAAUGGAGAAUUAUCAGGCAAUGAUAUCAUAGAGGACUAAACCCUUUCUGGUUUAGGGACUUCUUCAGGGUGUUCCUCCAUUCCCUUCAAAUUACAGAUCUCAGGCUGCAUCAGCAAAGACGUCUUGCUAACCAGUCCUUUGUUUUGAUGGCUUCUGGAGAGUAAAGAUUUGCAGUACUUGAAAGGAAGAUGCUGCUAGAAUUUUACCAGAAUCUCUAGGCUUUGGUAUCCUCCCAAUAAUUAAUGUUUCUGAUUUUUCCCCCUAUUCCAAACACCAAGGCCUUUCAUGUACAUGCACUAAAAUGGAAUAAUACAUUUAGUGAAUGUGGCAA